AAAUUUUAAGCCUCCCAUUCUCAUUUCUCCCUCAACAACUGAACGAACCCAGCCAAUAUUUUUCCCCCAAAGCCAAAACCCUAACUCGUAACUCGUAGCAACGGCCUGACCAGCGACGGCCCACGGCCAGUCGACCACCGUCUACUUCCCCACCGGCGACCACGACGGCGAACCAGCAAGAUUUUCGGCGAGGCUCUGCGCAUCUAACCAUCUAUCCAACCGUUUGAAAGAAAUAUAAUAGUGGAAUAUCAUGAAGUGGAACAGUGUAACGAAGCCCUUUAAGAAGUUAUUGGUAUCCCAAGGAGGAUCCACUGCUGGGCGUAAUUCUGCUGGGCGCAUUACAAUCUAUCACCGAGGAGGUGGGGCGAAGCGGUUACAGCGUAAAGUUGAUUUAAAGAGGAGCACUUCGUCAAUGGGUGUGGUGGAGCGGAUAGAGUAUGACCCUAAUCGCUCCUCUAGGCUUGCUUUAGUGCGAUGGAUUGAGGGGGUGCGUCCAAGCAAUCAAAGGAGCUGUGAUAAAGACUUCACUCCUUUGCAAAAGGUGGUUGAACCUAUCUCAACUACAGUCACUGGUCGGUUUCCUUUAGCUUGCCUGGCUCCUGGACUCAUGGGUGGUUAUGUUGGCAGUAAGGAGGCUCAGGGGAAAUUAAGUAGUGUGAAGGACGUAUUUGUUUCUGCUUUUGCCUCUAAUCGAGCCAAGGGAGUGUCUUUAUCUCAUAUCCCACGGGCAGCUGUAGCUGGGGCAAAGCCAGCUGUCUUUGCUCCUAAGAUUAGCGAGCAAGUUAGUGAAGGUGAGAAAGAGUAUUCUCUUUCUGAUGUCCAGAGGUGGAGGAAAGACAGUAUUCUUUGGGAUCAUAAGCUCAAGCGUAAAGCAGCCGUAUCUUGGUUGAGUUUUGUCCAUGAAGAGCCUGUAGGGCUUGCUAAAGCAGCAGCUUUGAAUGAUAAGUCAGCUGGAAAACCGUCUAAGACUGCAACAGACAUGGCUGAUCGUGUGCCACUCACUUAUAUAAUAGCAAGUGACAAAUUGGAAGAAGGGAAGAUUGUGAUGAAUUAUGAUUGGUCUGACCGUCCUAUUCGCAGAUGAAGUUAGAAAACUUUUGCAGGUGCAAGAUUAUGGCAGGUGGAAUGAAUAAGUUGAUACGAAGGCGGGAUAAAACAUGUUUCUUGGGUCCCUGGUGAUGUACUUGUUGCAAACAGCUCUUGUGAGGCCAAAAGUUUUACACCAACAUCAACACUUCGACUAAAUAGAUGCUGCCGGAGUAUGUUCGAGCUUUUGGAUUAUGAAUACCAAUUCAAAUCCAAAGUAGAAUGGAGAAUAUUGCAACUUGUUUCUUUUGAUUUACUCACUUCCCUUAUUUAACUUGCUGCAUUGGGAAUUCUGUAUCAACAUUAGUCUCAUUUUAUCACAUAUAAUGGAUCUAGGUUCCAGAGGCAUGUUGAUGUUUGAUAAUAGUGAUUAUUGAUCAGCAUCAGGCUCUAUCUUCGUGUCUAAAUGUGAUAUUCAUCUAUCGGAAACUUCAGGAUCUUGGCUUGCUUA